AUGCUUGGACAAGAAUGUUUAAUUGAUAAUAAUAAUGAAACGAGAUACUACCCUAAAGAAGGAAGUCUAGUUUACGAGAUGAAAUAUAAAUUGCCAGAUAACCUGGUAUGCUCACACUGUGUGUUACAGUGGAGGUACAUAGCUGGCAACAAUUGGGGUACGUGUGCGAACGGAACAAGUGCCGUGGGCUGCGGACCGCAGGAGGAGUUCAGAGCGUGCGCUGACAUAACCAUAGAGGGCCGCUUCACGACGUCGGCAAGACGCCCAGGGCCAAAAUACGUGCCUCCGAUCAGAAAACCAAAUCUACCUACGCCCAAGCAGUCUAUUGGAACCGCAUGGUAUGGCAUCGUCAUUGCCAGCGUCACAUUGUUCGUCGCACUCGCUGUUCUGUCGGGCAUCUAUCUUUUCUAUUACACAGGUGGCAUAAUAAAGAGUCUACUGAAAUCUAAGGCCGCACCUCCUGCCCCCGUGCCGCCUAGGCAUAAGAGAUUGACACUGUCCUGA